UGGAAAGCUGCCGCCCACCCCGGGGUCUCGGGCCCUGACCCUGCCAGGCAGCCGACCAAAAUUUUGUGCGACUGAACUCAAUCAUGGUACAUCCAGAUUCUCUUCAGAGGCGAGACUUUCCAAAGGACCAAUGACUCUGUUCCUUGUGCCCUUUCAUUUUUUCCUACUCUGUAGCUAUGUCUCGAUCCCGCCAUGCAAAGCCUUCCAGAUUAGUCAGGAGAGAAGAUCUAAACAGGAAGAAAAGCAGCCAACUGAAGAAGACAUCUAAGCCAGCCAAUAAAAAUGUGGGAUCAGUCAAGACUGUGAGCCCUGGAAAAGGAUUAAAGCAAUUAAUUCAAGAAAGAGAUGUUAAGAAAAAAAUAGAACCCAAAACACCUAUGCCAGUCAGAAGCCUUUUGACAAGAGCUGGAGCGGCACGAAUGAAUUUGGAUAGGACUGAGGUUCUUUUUCAGAACCCAGAGUCCUUAACUUGCAAUGGGUUUACAAUGGCUCUCCGAAGCACCUCUCUUAGCAGGCGACUCUCCCAACCUCCAGUGAUCAUAGCCAAACCUAAGAAAAUUCCACCUCCUAAGCAUUUAGAAAAGCAACAUGAAUGUGAUUAUAAUGUAGUUACUGACAAAGGAGUAAAACACUCAGAAAAUGAUUCGAUUCCAACCCAAGUUCCCCUAAUUGCUCCUGAUAUAGAGAAUCUAAUUGGUGUACAAAAUGCAUCUUUAACUAAAGGUGAGAGCCAAGAGACAACCCAGUCUUGGUCCCAAAAAGUGGAGGAUUCCAAAAUAAAUAUCUCCACUCACAGUGGCCCUGCAGUAGAGAUCGCUUCUGGCUCACUGGAAGGGACAUGUGGUGGUGAAGGACUACUCUCUAAAGAGACAUUGACUGAUACAAGUGACUCCCCUAGAAUGUUUGCUCAGGACACUCUGUGUGCUCCUCUGCUCCAAAGAGCAGCCCUCAAGGUUACUUACGAAGGAAAUUCCAGCAUUCAGUUAGAAGAUUUGGGUUCACGAGUAGAAUCUCUUAAGCUAUCUGAUUCUUACCUGGAUCCCAUCAAAAGUGAACAUGAUUGCUACCCCACCUCCAGCUUUAAUAAGGUUAUACCUGAAUUGGACCUUAGAAACUGUUUGUCCAUUGGUGGGUCAAUAUAUCCUACCUCAUUAAUAAAACUCCUCUUGGCAAGCUCGGAACAAGAAACCCUUGGUGCUAAACCGGAUAAUCAAGAGGUACUCAAAGCUACCCCAGAUCAACAGGAAAUUCCUGAUACCAGCCCUGUCAUAGGACAGGCUUUUAGUGCUGCCCCACAUCAAUGGGCAGUUCCUGGUGCUAACCCAGUACAUGGAGAGGCUCUGGAUGAGACCCCAGCCACACCAGAGAUUCCUGGUGCUAUUCCAGUCCAAGGAGAGGUCUUUGGUGCUAUCCUAGACCAACAAAUCCUUGGAAUGGGUGGUGGUACUGCCUCAGACCCACCUAUUUUUGUUCCUGCUCCACUAAACCCAAUUGCUACCUAUAAUGUUCUCCCAGAAUGGCCUGAGCCCCAGAGCACUGUUUCAUAUGGGCUUGAGGUCCAGGGCGCUAUGCAGAUUUUGCCUUUGGGCUCAGGUCACACUCCUCAGCCAUCAUUAAACUCAGAGAUAAGUUCAGUACCUCCUGUGAUGACUAUAAGCAAUAUAGAAAAUCAGAAGCAGGUUCAUAUAAGCUUUCUGCCAGGUAACACUCAGGCAUUCACAUUAGGCCCUGAGAGAGUACUCCUCCAUGCUUCACAGGGCAUUACCCAACUCUCCCAGGUUGGUCCCAGCAAAUUGGAAGAAGGUAGCUCCCAGAUCAGCAUGACCAGCGUGGUUGACAUCAAUACCACAAUGGUGUCUAGGCCAAGUUCAAUUGCUAGGGCCUCCUCUUCUUCCCAUACAACUUUGCUACCUACUUUGGAAAAGAAGAAACGAAAGCGGUGUGGGGUGUGUGAGCCCUGCCAGCAGAAGACCAAUUGUGGUGAAUGUACUUACUGCAAGAACAGAAAGAAUAGCCAUCAAAUCUGUAAGAAGAGGAAAUGUGAAGAACUGAAAAAGAAACCAUCUGCCACUAUGUCUUUGGAGGUUAUAAAAGAAAACAAGAGGCCCCAGAGGGAAAAGAAGCCCAAAGUUUUAAAGGCAGAUUUUGACAACAAACUAGUAAAUGGCCCCAAGUCAGAAUCCAUGGAAUACAGUAGAUGCCAUGGGGAGCAACAGAGAUUGGAAUUAAGCCCACCUCCCCAUGAAAAUGUAACUAAAAAUGAAGAAAGUAUGACAGGUGUUGAAGUGGAGAAGUGGACGCAAAAUAAGAAAUCACAUUUAACUGAUCAUGUCAAAGGAGAAUUUAAGGCAAUUGUGACAGAAGCUGAAAAACUGAAGAACUCUGAAGAUGACAAGAAGAAAGUCCUACUCACCACAUUACCAGAACCUCAGAAAUUGUUUGCACAAACUGUAAGAAACGGCAUUAAAAAUGUACACUAUUUACCAACUGAGACCAAUGCGUCUUUUAAAAAAUUCAAUAUUGAAGAAUUUGGCAAGGCAUUUGAAAACAACUCCUAUAAAUUCCUGAAAGACACUGCCAACCAUAAUGCCAUGAGCUCCAUUGCCACUAGUGCGAGCUGUGAUCAUCUCAAGGAGAGAAGUAAUGUUUCAGUCUUCCAGAAGCCCAGUUUUAACUGCAAGUCUAUCCCAGAUCCAGCAAAUUUCAACAUAAAUAGUCAUACCAGUACACACAAUGAAAGUGAUCAACCCAAAUCUCUAGAAAAUAUACCUAGUAAAGAAUCAAAAGAUGGAUCUCCAGUUCAACCAACUCUUCUAUCCCUAAUGAAGGAUAGGAGAUUAACACUGGAGCAAGUGGUGGCCAUAGAAGCUCUGACCCAACUGUCAGAAGCUCCAUCAGAAAAUUCUUCACCAUCAAAGUCUGAGAAGGAUGAAGAAACAGAGCACAGAACAGCAAGUUUGCUUAAUAGCUGUAAAGCUAUCCUUUAUUCAGUAAAAAAAGACCUCCAAGACCCAACCUUACAAGGGGAGACAGAAAGCCUUCAUCACUAUCCAUCUUUGGAAAAGCAAAGUUUAUGCAGCACAGUGGUAUUCAAUGGCCAAAAUAUUUCCAAGUCACACAACAACUCAGCUGCUAACCAAGCAUCUACAAAGUCACAGGAAUAUUCAAAAGUCACAAGUUCAGGAUCUCUUUUCAUACCAAAUUCAAAUUCGUCUAAAAUUGACACCAAUAAAAAUGUUGCUCAAGCUAGAAUUACCCUUGAGAGUUCUAAGACUUUGCAUCAGAUGCCACCAACAAGUGACAAAUUAGGUUACUGUAACCAGUCACUGGCCCACAGUAAACAGAUAGAUUCAAAAGAUGAUCCAUCAUGUCAAGAUACAGUUCAUAGUAAAAUAGAGGAAGAUGUUGCAACACAAUUAACACAACUUGCAUCAAUAAUUAAAUUCAAUUAUAUAAAACAAGAGGACAAAAAGGUUGAAAGUACAUCAACAAACCUUGGUGCAUAUAACGUACAGCAAAAAAGCAGUCAGGAGAAAAUCACAAUACCACAGAAACCACCUUCCAGUGUACAAAACAAUCAUAGCUCAUCAUUAACAAAGCACAAGAACACAACACAGAAAAAGACAAAAUCUACCCCAUCAAGAGAGCGACGGAAAAAGAAGCCUGUAGUUCUAACUUGUCAAGAUAAUGACCAGAAAAAGCGGGAACAGUUGUCAUAUGAGUAUAGUAAGCUACAUGACAUUUGGAUAGCAUCUAAAUUUCAAAGAUUUGGUCAAUUCGGUCCACAUGAUUUUCCCAUUCUGUUAGGAAAAAUUCCUCCCCUAAACAAAGUAUGGAAACCACUGACCCAAACAACUUCAACAUUAGAACACAAAAAAUUAUUUCCUCCGCUCACUCAGAUAAAAUUUGAGCGUUAUAAUCCUGAAUUAGCACAGGAAAAAACCAUGAAGGUUGAACCAUUGGAUUCUCUCCCAUUAUUCCAGUUAAAAACAGAAUCCAAUGGGCAGGCGUUUACAGAAAAAGUUUGUAAUUCUCAGGUACAGCCAUCCGUGAAUGUCAGUCAGAAUGCUCAUCCUUUACUCCAGGCCGCCUCUCCAUCUAACCAGUGUGCUAAUGUAAUGGCUGGCGAAGACCAAACACAAUUCCAGCAGGAUGUGAAAGACCAAGUCAUGCAUCAGAGACUGCCAACAUUGCCCGGUAUCUCUCAUGAGACCCCCUUACCAGACCCAGCACAAAUUCUCAGGAAUGUAAAUGUAGUAUGUUCAGGUGGAAUUACAGUGGUUUCUACGAAAAGCGAAGAGGACGUCUGUUCAUCCAUUGUUGGAGCUUCGGAAUUUUCCCCAGUAGACAGUGCACAGAAAAGUUUUAAUGAUUAUGCCAUGAACUUCUUUACCAAUCCUACAAAAAACCUGGUGUCCACAACGAAAGAUUCUGAUUUGCCCACGUGCAACUGUCUUGAUCGAGUUAUACAAAAAGACAAAGGCCCAUAUUAUACACACCUUGGGGCAGGACCAAGUGUUGCUGCUAUCAGGGAAAUCAUGGAGAAUAGGUAUGGUCAAAAAGGAAACGCAAUAAGGAUAGAAAUUGUAGUAUAUACGGGAAAAGAAGGAAAAAGCUCUCAUGGGUGUCCAAUUGCUAAGUGGGUUUUAAGAAGAGGCAGCGAGGAAGAAAAAGUUCUAUGUUUGGUUCGGCAGCGUACAGGCCACCAUUGUCCAACAGCUGUGAUGGUGGUGCUCAUCAUGGUAUGGGACGGCAUUCCUCUCCCCAUGGCUGACAGAUUGUACACGGAGCUUACCGAAAAUCUAAAGUCCUACAAUGGUCAUCCCACAGACCGAAGAUGCACACUAAAUGAAAAUCGGACCUGCACUUGUCAAGGAAUUGAUCCAGAGUCGUGCGGAGCAUCCUUUUCUUUUGGUUGCUCUUGGAGCAUGUACUUCAAUGGAUGCAAAUUUGGUAGAAGCCCAAGCCCUAGAAGAUUUAGAAUUGAUCCAAGCUCUCCCUUACACAACUACUAUGAAAGAAUUACUAAAGGACGUAAUCCAGAAAGAAGAUAUAUGAAACCGGAACCAAUCUGUCCGGGACACGAGGCCAUGGAAAAAAACCUUGAAGAUAAUUUACAGAGUUUGGCUACACGAUUAGCUCCAAUUUAUAAGCAGUAUGCUCCAGUUGCUUACCAAAACCAGGUAGAAUAUGAACAUGUUGCCCGAGAAUGUCGUCUUGGCAGCAAAGAAGGUCGUCCUUUCUCUGGGGUCACUGCUUGCCUAGACUUCUGUGCCCAUCCCCACAGGGACAUUCACAACAUGAAUAAUGGAAGCACUGUGGUUUGUACUUUAACACGAGAAGAUAACCGCUCCUUGGGGGUUAUUCCUCAAGAUGAGCAGCUGCAUGUGCUACCACUCUACAAACUCUCAGACACAGAUGAGUUUGGCUCUAGUGAAGGAAUGGAAGCCAAGAUCAAAUCUGGGGCCAUCGAGGUGCUCACACCCCGCCGUAAAAAAAGAACACGUUUCACUCAGCCCGUUCCUCGUUCUGGGAAGAAGAGGGCAGCAAUGAUGACAGAAGUUCUUGCACAUAAGAUAAGAGCUGUGGAGAAGAAAUUCAUUCCUCGAAUCAAGCGGAAGAAUAACUCAACCACAAACAAUAACAAGGCUUCAUCGCUGUCACUUCUAGGGAAUAAAACCGAAGCCUUGCAAGUUGAAAUAAAAAAUGAAACUGAACCCCAUUUUAUCUUCAAAGGUUCGGACAACACUAAAACCUACUCAUUGACCCCAUCCAUUCCUCACACAUGGAAAGAGACAAACAUACCUCCAGGUCUCUCCUGGUCCCCUAAGACUGUGUUGGCCACAACAGCUCCUUUUAAGAACGAUGCGUCGACAGUUUCGUACGGGUUUUCAGAAAGAAGUAGCAAUCCUCACUGCACAAUGCCUUCUGCGAGACUCGGUGGUGCUAAUGCAGCUGCAGGAGAAGGCACUGGAAUUGCACAGCCUGGUGAAGUGGUUCCUCUUCCCACCUUGUCUACUCCCAUGACUGGUUCCUUGGUUUAUUCUGAGCCUCCCACUGGUCCACCUGAACAGCUAACUUCUAAUCAUCCAAACCAGCAACCCCCAUUCACUGCCUCUCCUCAUGACCUUGCAUCUUGUCUGGUGGAAGAAGAUGAGCCACACUCUGAAGCAGAUGAGCCUCUAUCAGAUGACCCCCUCUCAGAUGACCCCCUGUCACCUGCUGAGGAGAAAUUGCCACACAUUGAUGAAUACUGGUCAGACAGUGAGCAUAUCUUCUUGGAUGCCAACAUUGGUGGGGUGGCAAUAGCGCCUGCUCAUGGCUCUGUUUUGAUUGAGUGUGCCCGGCGAGAGCUUCAUGCGACGACUCCUGUCGAACACCCAAACCGGAAUCAUCCCACACGCCUUUCCCUUGUCUUCUACCAGCACAAAAACCUGAAUAAGCCCCAACAUGGUUUUGAACUAAACAAAAUUAAGUUUGAGGCUAAAGAAGCUAAGAAUAAGAAAACAAAGGCCUCUGAGCAGAAAGUCCAGGCAGCUAAUGAGGGUCCGGAACUGUCCCCCGAAGUUAAUGAAUUGAACCAAAUUCCGUCUCAUAAAGCAUUAACGCUAACCCAUGACAAUAUUGUCACAGUGUCCCCUUAUGCUCUCACACAUGUUGCAGGGCCCUAUAACCAUUGGGUCUGAAAGCUUUUCUCCCCUUCUUAAUGCCUUUGCUAGUUUUGUGUAUUUUUUCAAGGUGCUGUUAAAAGAAAGUCAUGUUGUCGUUUACUUAUAUCUUCAUCUCACCCAUUUGAAGGCUGAGGUAAAAACAAAAAAACAAAAAUGGGGUGGGUAUUUCUUAACUGUGACUAUAUUUUGACAAUUGGUAGAAGGUGCACAUUUUAAGCAAAAAUAAAAGUUUUAUAGUUUUCAAUACAUAAAGAAAUGUUUUGGUUAGGUGUUAACCUUGAUAGAAUCACUCAGUUUGGUGCUUUAAAUUAAGUCUGUUUACUAUGAAACAAGAGUCAUUUUUAGAGGAUUUUAACAGGUUCAUGUGCUAUGAUGUAAAAUCAAGACACAGUGUUAACUCUACACAGCUCCUGGUGCUUACCCACAUCAACAGUUAAAAAUAAGCUGCAUUAUUUUUUCAUGGUGCCAUUGUUCCAACAUCUUCCAAUCAUUGCUAGAAAAUCGGCAUAUUCCUUUGAAAUAAACCAAUGAAAUGCUUUCUCUCAAAAUAUCUCUCCUGUAUAAAAUAAUUCACUAUUGUUAAUAAUGGUUGGAGGCUGUUCAUAAAUUGUAAAUAUAUAUUUUAAAAGCACUUUCUAUUUUUAAAAGUAACUUGAAAUAGUAUAGUAUAAGAAUCCUAUUGUCUAUUGUUUAUGCAUAUUUGCAUACAAGAGAAAUCAUAUAUUGCUGUGUAGAGUUCCAUCUUGUUAACUGCAAUAUGUAUUCUAAUCAUGUAUAUGGUUUGUUGUGUUCUUUUUUUUUAAUGUGUCCUUUCUCAUGCAAAUAUUAGCUACAUAUAGAAUAGUUAGAACAUGCAAAAAUUGUUAAUUUUCUCUAAAAUCAGAAUUAGGAAGCGUAUCACCAAUACGGAUUAACAUUUUAUUUGGAGCUAAGUAUGAGUGCUCUCUUCUGAUUUAUCAAGCAACAGUGGCCCCAAUUUAUUUUCCCUCCAGCUUUCUCAAUAUAAUCAUGAAAGGUUUUUCCAAAAGGAGACGGGCCAUAGUAGGAUUCAGAAAAGUCAAAUGCUUCUAAAGUUUCAAGGUGAUCAAAUAUAAAAAUGAAGUAGCAAAAACCCUACCCAUCCCAAUUGCCUUAUUUGUUCUAAAAGUCAUUCUGGUACAGAAUAAGCAUAAAGUUCCCAUAGAAAUUGUUGAAAACAAAUUCUCUAUCAUCAUCACAUAUCCACAAAACCCAAACAGUAGGAAUGGUAUUGCCCAUUUAUCCAAAGUAGUUGAUUUAAGCAUAUUCAUUUUAGGAAAAUGAAAUCUCAUCUUUUCUGAUUAUUGCCUAUGUUCUAGGUAACAAGAAAAUAGGCAUUGCGUUCAUGUUGGCCCUUCCAUUAUAUUUUCCCGUUAUUUUAUUGGCUCAUUUUAUAGCAAAACAAAAGGGAUUGCCCAAACAAAAUGUUUAGAACAAGAAAUUUCAAUGAAAUACUUGAUUCUGUAAAAAUGCAGAGGUGCUAUAACAUUCAAAGUGUCAGAUUCCUUGGGAGUGUGGAAAACCUAAUUAAUGGUGCUUCUCCCUUGGAAAUGCCAUAGGAAGCCCACAACUGCUAACACUCAACAAUUUUGGUGCAAAAGCAAACAGUUCCAGCAAGCGCUCUAAAGAAAAAACUCAUUGUAACUUAUAUUAAAAUAAUAUAUGGUGCAAAGUAUCAGUUUCAAGCUUUUGACUAAUCCAAGUAAAGGAAUAUGAAGGGAUUGUAUAUAACAAAUAUUCAUUGGUAGACCAUCAUCUUGUACAAGUAGAUUCUGCUUCUUGAAUAUGUAAAAUAGGGUGGUUCAUUGACUUGUUUUAGUAUUUUGUGUGCCUUAGAUUUCUGUUUUAAAACAUGUAUAUUUUUGUGAGCCUAAGGUUUCCUAUACAUACAAGUAUAUAAAUAAGUGAUUAUUGUUUCUGCUGCUUCAAUAAGAUAUUUACUAGUAUUAGACUAUCAGGAGUACGCCCUUGUGAUUUUUUAUUUUAGAUAUUAGGCCUUAGCUCCCAAUAGAAAUUAUUUCAUCACCAGAUUUAAUGGAUCAAGUUUUAACACCCUUUAUCCAUCUACCCAUCUUCUUUCCGUUCAACACUUACUGAAUGUCUGCAGAAUUUAAAUGUUAGCUUUUUAUUUUCUUUGAAUUGCCACCUGUGACAAAACAAACUUGAAGAAUUAAAGUCUUAAAAGAUGCUUUUAUCCAUGUUUUUUUAAAAAAAAAAAAACAAGAUUCUUUCAAAAGAAUCCAUUGUAAUAUAUCUGCAGCAGUUCCAAUCCAUGUCACUAACUUUGAGUAAGUUUCUUAACAACUGAACUUGAAGCUCCAGUGUUAAGGAUUGUUAAGUUGGCUGCAGUUGCCCCAAAAACCUAUAUGAAAAUAUGCCUCCUCAACUAAAAUGUUUUCCGUUCCUUUUAUAAGUAACACCAUCAAUGGCCUGCCUCAAAUGAUAACCCCAUGGUGGGAACCACACGGGAUUCCUACUUUGUUGGAUGCUACUUCAUAAGUUUAAAUUAAGUUUGCUAUCCCUUUAUCUACCCUGUGAUUUUUUUUUUUUAAAGCUCAUGCUUAUUCAAUGUUCUACAGCAUUGUGAUUGUAUGCUAGCGACACUGCUUUUAGAAUGCUCUUAUGAAGCAAGGAAAUAAAUUUGUUUGAAAUGACAUUUUCACUCAGAAAACUGGUCAUCUAACAUUAUUUCUACACCUCUUAUGUUUUAUUGUCAUGAUCACCUUUUGCUUCACCUCUCUUCAGCACUCAAAUUGAGUUUUUCAAUCUUCUGCCUUUGUUCAUGGUUUGAUAAUUGAAUUCGUUGAUACAUGAUCCCCAUGUUAACCCAACCUGUCCAUAAUAUGUUACAAAUUUACUAACUAUAAUGAACUCCCUAUUUUAGAAUUCUGCAAAAAUAUCACUCUGCCCUUCAAACUCCCUCCGUUUCUAAUGGCUCUCAGGCCAUCAUUGAAAAAAAGUUUUGUUCUGCUUAUCAGCCUCACCUGUAUCUUCCAAUUCAUCCACAAAGUACCAAAAACAUCAUGUCAUAGACCUAAUUGAAACAUCUUAUUGGAAAGUGAGGCUAGCUGAAAAUGUAUAGCUGUAGGUAAAUUUUUGCAGUAUGUUAGCAAAAUGUUUGCAGCUUACCCUUCUAACAUAUUUGUUAUGCAAUCUGCAUGUGGAUGAAACAAUUUAAUUUGUUAAAUAUAGAAUUUCAACUAGAUGAAAUCAGUAAGCAAUUUAUUUAAGACAUAACCCCAAUACAUACUUAAUUGAAUGUAUACCCUUGUGUAAAUGAGAUAACAAUUCAUAUGAAGUAACCUAGUUUCUAAUGUUAUUGCUUCAGUGGACUCGAAUGGAUUAUCAUUAAUUCCACAAUAGCAUGUAUGAAAAUAACCCCAAACUACUUCAGUUUACUCUUUAAGACCAAUUCUAUUGAGAUUUUUUUUUUUUAAUCUGGGACAAAGUUUUGACAUUGCAUGACAACUUCCACCUACAGUGAGCACAGGACUUCCUUUGAAUGUGCCGAGUAAAUCAGUAGCUGUAUGUGACGUUUAAUAAUAUAUAGCUACCUUCUAUUACAGCUUCUUGCUGCAUGGAAAUUCCUUUUUAGUCUAGAUUUAGUACAACUGUGAGUUUUUAUCUUCUGUACAAAUUUAUGACAAGAAUUGUGAAGUAAUAUGGUAGUGGCCUCUCAUAGCCCUGAUAGACACCUUAGAAGUCCUAUAGUUCAAUCUCUGGGCCCCAAAGAGCAAAUGUUAAUGUCAGUGUGUAACUUAAUGUUUAUAAUUAGGAUUUAAACCGUCAAAUGAAGGUCACUUUGUACUUAGGAGGACUAUGGGAAACAAACUUGAUUUGCUCACCCAGAGAGUAUUUUAUCACUGGUAAAUAACCCUAUUGUAGUACAAGUGAAAGAUUAAAAUGCCUUUUAUGUUUUUCUAUUACUUUUUUUGUUUUGUUUCGUCUGGUUUUUUUAUUUAUUUAUUUGUUUUGUUUUGUUUUCCUGAGAGCUUCAGGAAAAUAAGUCGAAUGAAAUUGGGUCAAGAUUCCCCUGUGUGGGAAAUCUAGCUGACUUUCACCUAUGGAGCUGUCCUGUUAACUCAUCCAACAAAAUGUGGCAGUAGUCUUAAUUGCUAUUUCAAUAAAAAGAUUCUAUAUCUAUCAAG